CUGUGCUGUCCAGCCUCUCUCUUCCCUCAGCAGACUCCGCCAGCCUGUCUCCUCUCACGACCCGUCCCUACUACACCCAUAAUUCCCCGCGCCAGGACAAGAUGGACGAAAGCAGCGACCGCCGGAGAACAAUGUUUUGGCAAUAAACCCCCAAAGCGGCGAGGACGGAGAGAAUACAGGCACGUUUUAACCAACUGCGGUCAUGUGUAGGAAACCCUUCUCCUGCAUUCUUCUUUAGACCUAUUGCCCUUCUUCUUCCCUGCACAAAGCAACACCUCCACCAUGAGUAUUAUCCAAGACAAAUUAGGCAAUGAGUUUUUGCGCAAUGGUGGCAUGGAUCCCAAUUUUGCACCAGGUAUGCUUAUGUUCAGCCACCUGCCGCCAGUCACCAGCUUUACGCGGCUCGCCACCCAGUCGGUUAUGGGCGAGCUUCCUCAGGAGAUGAUCCUGAAGAAAGAACGCGACUCGCCCCCAGACCACCAGGGCAACUUGAACACGGGGGGCUUCCUCCACAGUAUGGGAAUCAAGCAGGAGCGACUAAGCGAGCUGGAUUACCGCAUGCCCCUCUACAGUGGGGGUGGAGGAGUAGGGGUAAACUGUGCUGGAGGGGGCGCGGGGAAAAGUAAUAAUGACAUGCCGGACAUGUCUUUCGGCAACCAUCACCACCAAAAUCACCAGAAUAUGCUCCUUCAUGACCUCAGCCUCAGCAACGUCCGGUCCCUUGGAGAACAGAUGCCUGUAAGACCGGGUAAAGAGCCAAAAGAGUCCGCAGGUAGAAGAGGGCGAAGGAACAACGGGGACGGGCAGGGAGGCAAGGCAAGAAGGAAACGCAACGAUGCUAAGGCCAUGAUGUUGGAUGGAGAAGGAGCCUGCAUGUCCCCCAACUCAAAACCACAUAUCUGUGAGCACUGUAACGCGGCCUUUCGCAGCUCCUACCACUUACGCAGACAUGUGCUCAUACACACAGAUCGCACAGGUGAGAGGCCUUUCCGGUGCAGUCAGUGUAACAUGAGCUUCAUCCAGAAAUAUCUUCUCCAGCGGCACGAGAAGAUCCACAGUGGAGAGAAGCCUUUUAGCUGUGACCAGUGUAACAUGCGCUUUAUCCAGAAGUACCAUAUGGAGCGACACAAAAGGACACACAGUGGCGAGAAGCCAUAUCGCUGCGAUACAUGUCAACAAUUUUUCUCAAGAACAGACCGGUUACUGAAGCACAAACGGACUUGUGGAGAAGCCAUAAAGAAGGGCCUGGACCCGAGCAUGCUGGAGCUCAGCGAUGCGGAGCUAGGCCAGGGCAGCUAUUCACUCACUCAGGGAAACUCGACCACCUCCGGACGCAAGAGGGCCAAGUCCAAAAACGGGGAGGGCGGCAAGAGGAAGAAGAACGCCUCGGCAUCAGCAGCUUCUUCCUCUGGGGCGAUGAGUAUGCAGGACUUCGACAUGGAGCACCCGUCGGGCUCCGACCCCAACAUGCAGGGACGUACUCCUAAAUUGGUCUUUAAAAAAGCCGGCCGCAAGGUUCUGGAUAAGGGCCUCCUCGCUCUGGAAGACACCGCCGACGGACAUAAACGGUUGGGGCAGAAGCACGACUCCAUGGAUCACGUGGAGGUUUCGGGCCUCGAUAACAUGGGUCUGCUCCAGGGGCCCGGGCUCAACAAGCAGGGGCCCACCACCAGCAGCAACUACGAUGAUGCAAUGCAGUUUGUGAAAAAGCGGCGCUACCUCCAAGCUGUAAACAAUGACUAUGGAGCCGGCUCACUGCACAUGGCAUCCCAGGGCAACAGCGUCAUCCACGGCUCCCUGGGGCCCGAGCCCACGCUGGCCAUGCUGGACACCUCGCCUCUGGAUCUCAAGCACGACAAGUCAGGCAUUCCAGACGAGGUGCUGCAGACCCUGCUCGAGCAUUAUAGCCAUAAGCAAGAGGGGCAACACCACCACGACGUGACUUUCGACCUGUCGGACCACCCGCACCACGUCGACCUCCAGCCGGCGGCCCCCGUCACCCCUGAGCUGGAGGAUGACUCCCCCAACGGUGGCGACAAGCAUGCAGUGAUGAGCGAGUACUCGAAGUUCCUCCUGCAGGCCCUGGAGCGCACCAGCCACAGCGGUCCCUUCCCCAGCCUUGGCCAAACGGGGCCCUUCCCUCUCCUGUCCAGCAGCUCCAGCCCCACGGGGCCCCUCUUCUCAGACAAACACGGGUACGCCACAUCUCCGCUGGACUGUGGCUACCCGCCUUCUGUGUCCUCCCCGCUUCCCAUCGUCGCCCCUUCGUCAAACUCCUCGUCGACGUCCUCCAAGUCCCACUACGGGAUGCUGGUCAGCUCCCCCUCCCAGGCGGGCUACCACCUCAGCUUGGAGCCCACCAGCCACCAGCAGCUGACCCCCUCUCAGGAGCUGACGGAGCAGCUGGAGAAGCAGCACUCCCCGGGCACCUUCAACCUACCUCCCCAGGACCUGACUGCCUCGGCAGACGGAUCCAAGGGGCCGCAGCCCAAGUCCGGAGUGGGCAUUGCACCCACCAACGGCUCCAGCUACCCGGACCUGUCCCCACUGAACACCCCAAAAGAAACCAUGUACCAGAUCGAGAACUUCGCCCAGGCCUUUGGUUCCCAGUUCAAGUCAGGGCGGCGGACCCCUCUGGGCUACGGCAGCGAUCCUGGGGUGGAGUUGGACCACCGAAUACGGACUCCAGUGUCAGAAUUCUCAGGGUAUACCAGUUUGUUAGCUGACGUCGGCGAGCCAGUGAGUACAGGAUCAAAAACCCAGACAAGCCAAAGUUUCAGAUAAGGGUCAAACGAGGUGAAUCCAGCAGGGGGCUCCUGUUACUGUCCACGCAGCCCCCACACCCAUCCUAAUUUUGUUCGUCUAGCAAAGUUUUGUUUUAAAAAAAAACACUGCCAUUAAUUGUUCAUACAAAAUGACCAGGGAGGGUCUUUCAUGGCCUCAAAUGCAAUUUUUUAAAAUAUUCUCAUUUUUAUUAUGUAUUUAGUCGCUUCAUUUUUGUUUAAGAGUAGUGAUUUUGAUAUGAACGUACCGUAGAUUUAAAUGUAAUUUAAAACAUUUAGAGGGUAGCUAUAAACUUGCUUCUUUUUUUUUGGAAACCCUUGUGUUUUACCAAUCAUACCAUUGUAAAGUAAUAAUGGCUAAUGUUGAUAAUUUCAAUAAUAACAUGUGUGGCAGGGAAAGGCCCAGAAUUCAAAUUGCAAAAAAAGUAUAUAUUGUCUGUUACAAGAAACAUAUUAACUCAGGAAAAAUAGUCAAAUUUGUGUAAUAAGACUUUGUAUUAUGAGAUGCAAUUAGCACAGUUUUUACAGGUGUACUUUGAGACUACAAAGCUUUGAUUUUUUUGUUUCUUUUUUACUCGUCGGAACAACAAAUUACAAUACAUGAUGAUGUGUGGUUUCUACUGCGUGUAGCUUUGUUGAGAUUACGGUACUGUUGUGUCAAUGUGAAGACAUCCACAUUUCUUUUGAGAGCCACAUGUGUACACGAGGUAGUAUGAAUUGUAGUGGAGUUCAGCACACAGCAUCGUUAAGGUAACUUGUCAGCUUUAGGCGUCGGUUAAUGAAUGUCGUGUAACCGCAUACUUCUCUAGUUGUGCCUGCUUUGGCCGGUAGAAAAGAAGAAGCGUAGACUAAAUUCCUCCCAUUGCCGUUACGGACGUCUCAAACAUCAUCGGAGAUCUUUUCCUCGUGCUGUUGCUGAAGUCGUCACUUUCUGCUCAACUCUUGCUGUUCCUUUUUUGUGUAAAUGGAAUCAAACAAGCACUUUUUAAAAAACAAAUCAUCAUUGGAAGCAACAACAACCCAUUCAAUUUGCAUAUGUGAUACGUGAUUAUUAUGCUAAUGAUUAUUAAUAUUAUUUUAAGAGGAGAAAACUGUGAAUGGGAUUGGGGGGUGGUCGGGAGGGAGGGAGUAUUUUAACGGGUUUGAAUAGGGGUCGAGUAGGCAUGACCUUGGGCAUCUAAAUGUAUUUUGUUGCUUUUUUCUCAAGGGUAGAAGAGAAUGGGAGGGGGGGAUUUUUUUCUUACGGUCUGUCGGGUGAUGUUGUAAAAAGAUUUGCCAUAACUUUGUUAUACAAUAUUUUGAGAGUACCUCUUUGUAUUUAAGUGUUUUAAGAGACGGGCUGACAUGCUGGAACCCCAAACCCCUUUUUAUUUAUUCUCCACUAGCCACAACAGAACUCAGUAGCAGAUAUUUUUGGCAAGUAAUCCCAUUACCUCUUACCUCCUUUUCCCCCCCCUCGACUUUUUCUUAAUGAUGUUUUUAACCCCACUGUGGUAGUAGAUGCAACAAACUGCUUCAAUGAUACAGUUAAGAAACACAAACGGUAACUUAUUCCCCCCUCCCCUUUCCCAAAAUGCAGCCAUGCACUCGCAAGAAUAAACAAUGGCCUUCUUUGUCCUCCGUGGCUAAAGCCAUUCUAUCCCGGCAGCCAGGGUUGAUAUUUAAUUUAGUUGAUUUCCUGUAAGCCCCCCCUCCCCUUCCCUUUUCCUAUGUCUGUGAGCUCCACAGCCAAGAGACUUUGAAGCUGCUCAGAUCACAGGGAACAAAGACUGACCAGCCACCUCACUCCAAACAAACACUAUGCUUUCUAAAGUAGAAAAAAAAAAGAGUGGGUGAGAGACGGAGAAAAAAAAAGACGAUACGAUUGACCUAAAUAUACCUCAUAUCACUAAAGCGCAAGAAAGCAGGGACACGCGUUUCAUGUAUGUAGUGGAAAUAUUUGUAGUAUAGGUUCGACAUAUUGUAUAAUCAUUUUAACACUGCCUGUGUUUACAAUUAUAGAGCAAAUGACUCGUCAAAAUGCAAAUGUAUUUUUCUUUUUCUGUAAAAACAUCCACGCCAAGCAGUGUUGCAUUCUAGAUGCCUCAUAGAACAUUCAUUUUUCUCGUUAUAUCCCUUAUUUUUGUUACUUGCCAUAAUGUGUUUUGAUAUGAUCUCUAGAAGGAUAUUGUUUACAGAA